CCACAGCGAAUUCUUUUUUCUAAUUUCAAAAUUUCAUUCUGACAAAAGCCAUAGCGUUUUGAAAAAACAAAAUACGUUCAUUGCAUCAUUCCCUUCGCGGUUAUAUCGUUCUUAUGAAAUUGUCUUGGCAAUUUAUCUCCGCGUUAUAAUCAAAUUUACUCGGAAGUAAGUGUUAAGUGCCGUAUGUCAGUGUAAAGUGACGUGUAAAAUAAGUAAUCAGGUCAAAGACCUUUGCUUCGGUUAGCUUUUAAGAAAAUUCACCACGCUGCGCAGAUCCGUGAUCAAAGUCAUGAAGAUCAAACUGCCGCGAGACCGUUUCCCGUCCACAUCAUCAACUGACGAGAACGAAAGCGGCGCCGAAUGGGACACGCUGGUGGCGCCGCCCCCGCGCCCCGCGUACAUCCACCACCCGCCGCCGCCGCAGGCCGUCGUCGGCGGCGCCGUGCGCAAGCGCCGUGGCAACCUGCCUAAGCACGCCGUCAAGAUACUAAAGAGCGGCGCCGAAUGGGACACGCUGGUGGCGCCGCCCCCGCGCCCCGCGUACAUCCACCACCCGCCGCCGCCGCAGGCCGUCGUCGGCGGCGCCGUGCGCAAGCGCCGUGACGAGAACGAAAGCGGCGCCGAAUGGGACACGCUGGUGGCGCCGCCCCCGCGCCCCGCGUACAUCCACCACCCGCCGCCGCCACAGGCCGUCGUCGGCGGCGCCGUGCGCAAGCGCCGCGGCAACCUGCCUAAGCACGCCGUCAAGAUACUAAAGAGAUGGCUGUACGAGCACCGAUACAACGCGUACCCCAGCGACGCUGAGAAGCUGACGCUGAGCCAGGAGGCGAACCUGACCGUUUUGCAAGUAUGCAACUGGUUCAUAAACGCCCGCCGUCGCAUCCUUCCCGAGAUGAUCCGCCGCGAGGGCCACGACCCCCUCCACUACACCAUCUCGCGCCGCGGCCGCAAGCAGAGCUCCGCCAUGAUGGCCCCGCCCGGCCAGCAUCUGCAGGGCUAUGGCCAGAUGGGCAUGGGGAUGAACAUGGGCAACAUGACUAUAGGGAGCGUGGCGUCCACGUCGGGCGUCGUCGUGUGGGAUGGCAUCGGGAUCGAUUCGCGCCGCGGCCGCAAGCCGAGCUCCGCCAUGAUGGCCCCGCCCGGCCAGCACCUGCAGGGCUACGGCCAGAUGGGUAUGGGGAUGAACAUGGGAAACAUGGCUAUAGGGAGCGUGGCGUCCACGUCGGGCGUCGUCGUGUGGGAUGGCAUCGGGAUUGAUGCCAAUACCGAUCACAACCGUAGCCACGUGUACGGCGACGGUCUCCUGGUCUACCGGAGCGACGGAGACGAGCUGGUCGAGGAGUACUCCAGCAUCAGUGAGGAAGAAGUCAAGUACGACCCGUCCGUGUGGCAGUCUGUCAUCAGCUGCUCCAGCGAGAGGCUUCAGGAUGACAGAGAAGUGAGUUAUCUCUGUCUCGCACUAUACGAGCUGGUCGAGUACUCCAGCAUCAGCGAGGAAGAAGUCAAGUACGACCCGUCCGUGUGGCAGUCUCUCAUCAGCUGCUCCAGCGAUUGGCUUCCGGAUGACAGAGACACCGGUGCCGUCGUAACAGUGUCCACAUCGGAAGAGAUCGACGUGGUCGGCAACUCUAAGCUGGACGCCGGUGGCUGGCACCCGCAGCUGGCGCACCUGCCGCAGCUGCCGCACCCGCUCCGCCGUGUGCAGGUGGUGCCGGCUGAGAGAGAGGGGGACAGCGACAAGUUCAAGUGUCUCUAUCUCCUCGUGGAGACUGCCGUCGCCGUACGUCAGAGGGAGAAGGAACAAGAAGAUCUCAUCGGUUAAAAUUGCGU